AUGGCUGGCGCAGAAACCAUCAUCCCAAUCCUGGGCAGUGUCCUCCUGCUGGCCCUGUUUAUCGCUGCAUACAUUAAGACCGAAAAAUCGGAGCGCACCCGUAUCUUGUGCUGCCUCGGUCCUGCGGAACAUGAAAACGAGAUCCACCAAAGUCGCCCGGGCAUGACUGAGCGCACGUCCCCACGGUGCCGCGACGAUGCAGAUAAUCUCAGCGGAUGCACUUUGGCGCCAGACACUGCCAGUCCGCCUGCCAUCCGCAACAGCCAUGUUGUCCAAGUAGAUAGGCCGCGGACACCAUCAGCCACCACACUGACCCCGCCCCUGAACGCCAGCAGCAAUGUCGAUAAUGACAACUGGAGCAUACGUACGCUGUCUGCGCCACAGCCACCGCCGGCUGCCAGAGUUCAUGAUCCGCGGAUUGUCGUCGAUAACCAGAGCUUUGGCAUCUCCAGCACCCUGUGAGCUCCCCCCAUGUCCAUUUCUAAACCUUAUUUGCUUUGGAUAACAUAAAAUCGCUACAGGCUUCCCC